GUUUGGGCACCGGCUCGCUACCGGCGUCCCGCGGGAGGCCGCACGGCCAGCCCGGCGUGGGGCGGUGCUCGGUGCUCCGUGCCGUGCUCCGUGCCGUGCUCCGUGUCUACCGCCGGCGCGCGGGGCCGCGCCGCCACCGCCGCCACCAUGGUUAAGGAGCAGUUCCGAGAGAGCGACGUGGCCAAGAAGAUAAGCCACAUCUGCUUUGGGAUGAAGUCCCCCGAGGAGAUGCGGCAGCAAGCUCACAUCCAGGUGGUCAGCAAGAACCUGUACAGCCAGGACAACCACCACUCCCCGCUGCAGUACGGCGUGCUCGACCACCGCAUGGGAACCAGUGAAAAAGACCGCCCCUGUGAAACCUGUGGAAAAAACCUAGCUGAUUGUUUGGGACACUAUGGGUACAUUGACUUAGAACUGCCCUGUUUUCAUGUGGGAUACUUCAAAGCUGUGAUAGGCAUCUUACAGAUGAUCUGCAAAACCUGUUGCCGUAUCAUGCUGUCAGUGGAAGAAAAAAAACAGUUUUUGGAUUACCUGAAGCGACCAGGUCUUACAUAUCUUCAGAAGAGAGGGCUAAAGAAGAAAGUGUCUGAAAAGUGCCGAAAGAAAAAUACUUGUCCUUACUGUGGUGCCUUUAAUGGAACUGUGAAGAAGUGUGGUUUGUUGAAAAUAAUACAUGAAAAAUAUAAGACCAAUAAGAAAGUGGUAGAUCCAGUAGUAUCCACUUUUCUCCAGUCCUUUGAAACUGCCAUAGAACAUAACAAAGAAGUAGAAUCCUUACUGGGAAGAGCUCAGGAAAACUUGAAUCCGUUAGUAGUAUUGAACCUCUUUAAAAGAAUCCCAGCAGAAGAUAUCCCUCUGCUUCUAAUGAACCCAGAAGCAGGAAAGCCUUCUGAUUUGAUCCUCACACGACUCUUAGUGCCACCAUUGUGUAUCAGACCCUCUGUUGUGAGCGACUUGAAGUCUGGCACAAACGAGGACGACUUGACAAUGAAACUGACAGAAAUCAUUUUCCUCAAUGAUGUAAUAAAAAAGCACAGGAUAUCAGGAGCCAAAACACAGAUGAUAAUGGAAGACUGGGACUUCCUUCAACUGCAGUGUGCCCUGUACAUUAACAGUGAGCUGUCGGGAAUUCCUCUGAACAUGGCACCUAAAAAAUGGACCAGAGGUUUUGUUCAAAGACUUAAGGGAAAGCAAGGUCGGUUUAGAGGCAAUCUGUCUGGAAAGCGAGUGGAUUUCUCUGGCAGAACAGUCAUUUCCCCAGACCCUAAUUUAAGAAUAGAUGAAGUAGCAGUGCCUAUUCAUGUUGCUAAAAUACUAACUUUUCCUGAAAAGGUUAACAAAGCAAAUAUUAAUUUUAUGAGGAAACUUGUCCGGAAUGGUCCUGAUGUUCAUCCUGGAGCCAACUUCAUUCAGCAAAGGCACACACAGAUGAAAAGAUUUUUGAAAUACGGAAACCGAGAGAAGAUGGCCCAGGAGCUGAAGUUUGGUGAUAUCGUGGAGCGGCAUCUUAUAGAUGGUGAUAUAGUCCUGUUCAACCGACAACCCUCUCUUCAUAAGCUGAGCAUCAUGGCUCACAUUGCUAGAGUAAAACCUCAUAGGACAUUCAGAUUUAAUGAAUGUGUCUGUACACCAUACAAUGCAGACUUUGAUGGAGAUGAGAUGAACCUUCACCUUCCUCAGACAGAAGAAGCAAAAGCAGAAGCACUUGUUUUAAUGGGGACUAAAGCAAACUUGGUAACACCAAGAAAUGGAGAACCCCUCAUUGCUGCUAUUCAAGAUUUCCUUACAGGUGCCUAUCUUCUUACACUAAAAGAUACCUUUUUUGAUCGAGCCAAAGCCUGUCAAAUCAUUGCUUCUAUCCUGGUUGGCAAGGAUGAAAAAAUUAAAGUUCGUCUUCCACCUCCGGCAAUUCUGAAGCCUGUAACACUCUGGACAGGAAAGCAGGUUUUCAGCCUCAUUCUCAAACCCAGUGAUGACUGUCCUGUAAAAGCGAAUCUGCGAACCAAAGGCAAACAAUACUGUGGCAAAGGGGAAGACCUGUGUUACAAUGAUUCUUAUGUCACAAUUCAAAACAGUGAGUUAAUGAGUGGCAGCAUGGACAAAGGAACCUUAGGUUCUGGAUCCAAGAACAACAUCUUUUACAUCUUGCUGAGAGACUGGGGACAGGUAGAAGCUGCAGAUGCCAUGUCACGACUAGCCAGGCUUGCACCUGUCUAUCUAUCUAAUCGUGGCUUUUCAAUUGGAAUUGGUGAUGUCACACCAGGUCAGGGCCUGCUAAAAGCUAAGUAUGAGCUCCUGAAUGCUGGCUAUAAGAAAUGUGAUGAGUAUAUUGAAGCUCUGAACACUGGAAAACUACAGCAGCAGCCUGGUUGCACUGCAGAAGAGACACUAGAGGCUUUGAUCCUUAAAGAACUCUCUGUUAUCAGAGAUCAUGCUGGCAGUGCCUGUCUCAGAGAACUGGACAAGAGCAAUAGUCCACUUAUUAUGGCUCUCUGUGGUUCUAAAGGCUCCUUCAUUAACAUUUCCCAGAUGAUUGCAUGUGUAGGUCAACAGGCUAUCAGUGGGUCCCGAGUUCCUGAUGGAUUUGAGAACAGGUCCUUGCCUCACUUUGAGAAGCAUUCUAAGCUUCCAGCAGCAAAAGGCUUUGUUGCUAACAGCUUCUAUUCUGGGUUGACUCCCACGGAAUUUUUUUUUCACACAAUGGCUGGUCGAGAAGGUCUGGUUGAUACAGCUGUAAAAACAGCUGAAACUGGAUACAUGCAGAGGCGGCUGGUAAAAUCUCUUGAAGAUCUUUGUUCGCAGUAUGAUUUGACAGUCAGAAGUUCUACUGGUGACAUUAUUCAGUUUAUUUAUGGAGGGGAUGGCUUGGAUCCUGCAGCAAUGGAAGGGAAGGAUGAACCACUGGAAUUUAAGCGGGUUCUAGACAAUAUCAGGGCUGUAUAUCCAUGCCGAAAUGAACCAGCCCUCAGUAAAAACGAAUUGGUGUUAACAUCUGAAUCUAUCAUGAAGAAGAAUGAAUUUCUGUGCUGCCGAGACAGUUUUCUGCAGACAUUAACUGAAACAGGUUAUGAAAAAUAUAAUGAGGAAAUUAAAAAAUUCAUCAAAAGUGUUUCUGAGAAAAUAAAAAAAACAAGGGACAAGUAUGGCAUUAAUGACAAUGGCACAACAGAGCCACGAGUUUUAUAUCAGUUGGAUAGGAUUACACCAACACAACUAGAGAAGUUUCUAGAGACAUGUAGGGACAAAUACAUGAGGGCACAGAUGGAGCCUGGUUCUGCAGUAGGAGCCCUUUGUGCACAGAGUAUUGGUGAGCCUGGCACACAGAUGACACUGAAGACUUUCCAUUUUGCAGGAGUUGCUUCCAUGAACAUUACUUUGGGUGUGCCAAGAAUCAAAGAAAUUAUUAAUGCUUCAAAGGCAAUUAGCACACCUAUUAUAACAGCACAGUUGGACAAAGAUGAUGAUCCUGAUUUUGCCCGUCUGGUUAAAGGAAGAAUUGAGAAAACUUUAUUAGGAGAGAUCUCUGAAUAUAUUGAAGAAGUGUUUCUUCCAGAUGAUUGUUUCAUCCUAGUGAAGCUGUCUCUAGAGCGCAUUAGACUACUGAGAUUAGAGGUGAAUGCGGAGACUGUGCGCUACUCUAUUUGCAUAUCUAAACUCAGAGUGAAGCCUGGGGAUGUUGCUGUCCAUGGAGAAGCAGUUGUAUGUGUGACCCCUCGUGAAAAUAGCAAGAGUUCAAUGUAUUAUGUAUUGCAGUCCUUGAAGGAAGAAUUACCAAAGGUUGUAGUGCAAGGUAUACCAGAGGUUUCCCGAGCUGUCAUCCAUAUUGAUGAACAAAGUGGUAAGGAAAAAUACAAACUUUUAGUUGAAGGUGAUAAUCUGCGAGCUGUUAUGGCUACUCACGGAGUGAAAGGAACAAAAACAUCUUCUAACAACACUUAUGAGGUAGAAAAAACACUAGGAAUUGAAGCUGCUCGGACCACCAUUAUCAAUGAGAUUCAGUAUACAAUGGUGAACCAUGGUAUGAGCAUUGACAGGAGACAUGUUAUGUUACUGUCUGAUCUAAUGACUUACAAGGGUGAAGUGCUGGGUAUUACCAGGUUUGGACUGGCAAAAAUGAAGGAAAGCGUGUUGAUGCUGGCUUCUUUUGAAAAGACUGCAGACCAUCUCUUCGAUGCUGCCUACUUUGGACAGAAGGAUUCUGUUUGUGGUGUUUCUGAAUGCAUCAUCAUGGGAAUUCCAAUGAAUAUUGGAACAGGACUUUUUAAACUUUUGCACAAAGCAGACAAAGAAUCAACACCUCCUAGGAGGCCUCUGAUAUUUGACAAUAAUGAGUUUCAUAUUCCAAUUGUUACAUAGCACUCAGGUAUAAUACCAGAUAGAAAAAACAAGAAAGAACAAGAAAACAUAAGUUAAGAAAGAGUUCUAUCAGUGCUGUGUGUCUCAAUAACUGAAUUGGUAGGUGAAAUACUAGUAAAAGAGUUGCCCGAUUGUUUACCAUCUGUUAUUUGUACGGACUCUGAUACGAGAAGCUUCUCUGCACCAGAGAGUAGAAAUACAUUUAAGGUGGAUUUCAGCUGAUGGUUUUCUUCCUGUAGUAACAUGCUUUGGAAUGACCUGAAACUGUCAGUACCUUAUGAAAAUGACUUCCCAGGCUAGUUGAUGCUAGUUUGUAUAGGAAGCAAGUUUGUUUCCUCACCACCACAAGUAAAGUUUUGAAAUUUUGACAUGUACUUUCUGCUGCCUUAUGAAGAAAAAAUAAAGUGUUCAGAAUAUAAUAUAUGUUACAACAUAUAUUGUAUGUGUUGGGUUUGGUUUUGCUUUUUGUUCAGUGGUUUUGUUUUGUCUCUUAGAAAUUACCUAUAGCUAACUUAUAACACAUGAUGAGAAAUAAUUCUGUUUCAGGUUCUCUUGUGGCACGGGUGAAGGAAAAUUGAAGUGCAUGUUAAAACAUGGUGUUGUAGGAAAGGAAGUGCCCUACUUGGAAAUUUGUGCUCUGUGUGUAUGGAUAGCAAGUGUCAAAGCUACUGUUGCCAUGCGUUGUGGUUCUGUAGGAAAUUGAAGCUUCUUGUAGGCAAACAGGAUUGCUAAAACCUCAUAGUAAAUCCAUAAAUGCUUGGGAAAAUAAUCCACAACUUGCUCAUUAUUUCCUGGGAACUGGCUGUAUGAAUUCUGGAGGCUGAAGGAAAUUCUGGGGAAUUGAUGACCACGAGAAUUGUGUACUUAGUGAAGCUGUAAUAUUGGCUACAGGUGAAGGUGAAGAGUAGGCAUUUGUAGUAUAAACAUAUUUCUGUAAUUUACAAGUAGUUGAUAAAAUACGUGCAGUAUGACAGCUUGCUUUAUUUUUUGUUAUUUGCAUUACUGUUAAUGCGUGGAAGUUCUUCUUAACUCAGUAUUAGACCAACUCUGUAUUCAGAUUUGAUAAAAACACCUGCCUGAGAAUUCUGUGAGCUUUCACUUUACAUUAGGAAAAGGCAUUUCAGCAGGCACUGCAGAGGUUAUACUACAGCUUCUAAGAACGAAGUGCACCUCAAGAAAAGUAGAACCGAGUGUCUGAUUUCAUUCAUCCUGUGUUAACUUCAGGAGUGUUGUUAAAAGUGUAUGAAGUAUUUGCUCUUUGCUCGCUUUUAAAAAAUAUUUUUCCUUUAUCCACAGCUACUAUUCAGGAAAUAGUUUUCCUCCCCAGGAUUCUGUUUUAGGACACACCUAUAACAAGUGGCAGAUAGUAAAGUUCUUACUAAGCUCUGUGAAGACUGUUAGAAUAAUGUUCCAACUUUCAAAUAGUUUUUCAUAUUAUAGCUGUUGUUAUAGUGCUGGACUCUGCAACUUAGAGCAGACUUAGUUUGGGAAAUUUCAUAAGUAAGCAGGGUCAUUGGAACAGCUUAGUUCUAUUUUGAUACGUAAUGCGGGAAUAAAAAGGAAGCUGUUUUCAUGUAUGGACCUGAAAUAAUUUGAUUCAGGUAUUUUCAUCUUUAGCCUAUUAGACUAGUUUUCAGAAUGAAUAUUCAUUUUAAAUCAUUGUAGAGUGGCAUGUUUAAAGUUACUCUAGCGCUGUGGAGGGCAAAUAUCUUGGUUCUUUUUCUUGUCAGCAGAAUUUGGAUAUUGAAUGUGCUCAUAUUAUGGGUCAAGGUUAGAGAGAAACAAAGAAGCGAAGUGUUGCACUCACAAAGUAAAAGCUGGCUGAUGAAUAAUCUAGCAUUGGAAAAUCAAUGAGUUUGUGCUGCAGUUUGUCUUCAUGUGGCAACCAAAAGAAAAGCGUAAGGCUAUAUUAAGAGAACGUAAAACCUGUUGGUUUAAGUUGAGGGUGCUAUUGUUCUUAGGGUUUUGUUUUGUUUUUAAUUCUUCUUCCAUGCAGUGAAGACACGAUGUGAAAUUCAGCAUAGCUGUUCUCAGAUGUUUUUAUAUUUUAGCUGUAGUAUAUACUAAGAUAUACUUCUGCCUAGAUUUUCGCAGGGUAAAGGUUGGGAAUGUAAUGCAUUUGGUACCUGCUCUGAAAGCCAUAUAUUUUGCCACCUCUCUUGUAGUAAUUAAAUAAUUCAGAAUAAAUUUAAAUUUUCUUUGUAAUCUCUGUGAGAUUGCCACUUAACAGUUUGUCGUAAUAGAAGUCUAGCUUUAUUUGUCUUUAAAGAUGCAAGUAUAAGACAGGUAGGGGCCAAAUGGAGAAAAAGCCAGUAAAGCUUUGCUGUGGAUAAGUACUUUGUUUUAUCCUGGGAAGUUCUGAUGAAAGAGCUUGGCGUUUUUAUGAAUAAAGAUUCUUCUGCAGUUGUAAUCAGGUGAGGUUUAUGCUGACAUGAGUGACCACCUACUUUUCUUCUGUAAAUAUAUUGAAGUGAAGCUAUUUAAAUGGUGGUUUUACUCUUCUGUGUGUCUUAAGUAUUUGGCGAAAUACUUCUGUUAUCGUUGCCUUUACUGUGACAAUAAAAAGAGGCAAAGAUAAAAAUGUAAA